AUGGACAGGGAGAACAAGCCGGAGAAGACCAUUCACCACAUCACCCAUCUCCACCCCUUGAAGCUCACCGAUCUGCAAGGAGACGAAGCGAAGCCCGUCUGCCACGCGUGCCGCCAUCCUUGCGCCGCCUCGGCCUACCGGUGCGAGCGGUGCCGCUACGUUCUCGACCCGACCUGCGCUCGGCUGCCGCAAUUCGACCGACACCUCCCCUGCGACGGUCUCGCUGAGAAGCUGAGCCACCCGUCCCAUCCCCACCCGGUGACGCUGGUCCACCAGGAUCCCACCAGUGGGCGGGGCUACUUGUGCGACCUGUGCCGAGGCGCUUUCGACGCCUCGUCUGAGUGGCUUUACAUCUGCAGGGCUUGCGAUUUCGGCGGCCACAUCAGCUGCUUCGUGUCGGGGACGAAGCCCGCGGAACAGGCCACCGCUGCCCAACGACAGAUCGAUCCGGCGGCGGCGCUGUCCGGGAUGCAGCAGAAGCUGAUGGCUCAGAUGUUCAUGGCAGACACGAUGCCGCAGACGGGGAGGAACGCGGUGGCGUUGACGGGAGGACCUCGAGAGUACGUUUACUAUAAUUCGGCGCUGCUACCGAGCCAGUACGCUGGCAUGGCCGAUUCAAUGGUGAUGAACAAUCUGGCAUUGUUAUCUCUGAACGAUCAGAAGACUGGUGGUGGUGGUGGUGGUCCGGCUGGUGGAGAUGUGGCAAGUUCUGCUGGGAACACAUCCACUCUGUCAUAG